AUGGUCGGCCUCGGUACUUUGUUCUUGCUUUCAACAAUCGUCAUCCUUGUUAUAAAUAAGAGACAACGAGAUGCUGUCCUGGGACGACUUCACUUCCGAAGAAGACGCACUUCAGGGGCAUCAACACCACCUCGCUCUAUCUCUCCUAGCAAGAAAGCUUCUACAAAUAGCGCUCCAGACUAUAUCAAUGCUUUCCCACCUUCGAGGCGGUCGGCUCUUGCAGAACUUGCGAAGACGCUUCCCUCGGCGACUUUGAAGCAAUUCAUUAGCACCGAACCAUCAGGAGAAAUCCUCGUGGAGCAUGCCUUACCAACCACGCAAACCUACAAUCUCGAUAACAAAGUUCCCAAAUACACACCUACAGGAUUCUCCACUGCAGAAAUCAAAGCAAUUGGUGAUUUCCCUGCAUACGAUAUUCUCAGUGGCGUCCCACUUCCACAGCCAUAUAAGAAUUUCGCCAUCACCAAAGCUCUUCCAAGACCUUACCGACCUUUGAGAUGGAAGUACCACCAGACCAUGUCUUUCCAGAAGAUGGAGACGGACUGGUGGCUGGAAGUCGAAAAUACCUACGCAGCAAGAGUUAAAGAACGCCAAGGUUUAUUCAAGGAAUACGGCAGCAAAGUUCUCGACUACCUGCCCGGCUCUGAGCUCGCCUGCAAGGAACUCAUGGAAAUGUGUCUUCAGUUCUACUGCGCCAGAUACCCUGCCCACUUCUCGCUCUCUGACGACAAGAAAACCUUCCACAACAAACUUCUCGGUACAGAGACUCUUAUCAAACGUUUCCACCCACUUCACGUCCUUCUCAAUAACGUCCCAGAAGACUUUGCCAUCGUUCUCCGCAAUGAGCAGGACGGCAUGUACUAUUUCCGUGCUGGAAUUAUUUGCAGCUCGCUGGGUUGGAACGUCGGCACAAAGAUCGGAAUGCAGCUGGAGCAAAUCCAUGGCAAGAUCCCGGACUACAAGGAGAAGAUGUCGUUCAGUAUGGACCGGUUUUUCAGCAAGAUGGCAACAAACUCACCGAUCCAGCGAGGAAGCUGGGGUCUUGAGGUCGGCACGCCUCUGUUCAUGCCACCGGGACAUCCUCACGAGGCGCUUCGGGAAGUCCAGAACCCAGAGCUGAAGAUCGAAGAGUGCAACUUGAGAGUCGAUUGGCAGACUUUGCGAAGGUUGCCGCUGAGUGGAGGUAUCGUCUUCAACUUCAAGGCGCUUUUCACUCCCGUGACUGAGUUUCGCGAUGAGCCGUAUAUCCCUGCCCUACUCCUCAAGAUCUUGAAGGAAGGCAAGAAGAACCUGAUGGAGUACAAAGGUACAUGGCAUACUGAGCACGUCUGCAUUCCGAAGUUAGAGGAAUACGCAGCGGAGCAGGUGGCUAAGGGAUGGGUGGUGCCGGAGAUGGAGGGAGAGGAGGAGUGGAAUGUUGCAACGCUGGCUGAGAGUCCAUAUUUUCCUGGCUGGGAAGAGAAAUGGCAUCGUCAGCAGGGGUUCUAG